CCUACAUUUAAUCCUCCACCAGGCUAAUUUUUGGGUAAAGCCACAACGCGCGCGUGUGUGUGUGUGUAUCUGUACCGUCGCCCACUUCAGGACGUAGCCUGAACCUCGAAUGCAUCGGUUGAAUGGAGAUUACCCAGCACAUGAUCCACUGUAAUAACGCUCCUCAGAAUUCCUCGACCAUUCUCAAGAAUUCCACUUUCCUGUCUGCGCUGAGAUGAUCCGAAUCCACAACCCCCACCCUCUGCCUUUUUUGCAUCAGACUGAAAUGUUUCUGAGGGCAGGUACAUUGUGUGACACUGUCCUCACUGUGGAGGGUUACACUUUCAAAGCGCAUGCAUUGGUACUAUCCUGGGCCAGCAAGACCCUUGAACGCCAGCUAAUCAACCAGAAUCCAGCUAAAGGCUACUGCUGCACUGUUGAUGGUAUUUCCCCACAAACUGUUAAGCAAAUCCUUGACUAUGUGUACAGUGCUUGUGUAGAAGUUCCAAAAGGGGACCUUCCAGAUUUGCUCAGGGGAGCUCAGCACCUGGAGGUGCAGUCACUUAUGGAGCAGUGUGAGUUGCAAAUGGGGAUCCAGGACAGAGUUAAAGGUAGAGAAGAAGAGAGGUCCUCCCCCGACAUUGACGUAGGAGAACGUGAUUCAAGAAAAAAAAUCCCCUCUUCUGAUGAAGUGUCUCUCAGUUCUUCUUUAGAAUCUCCUUCUCUGACACACUUUGACCAUGAAAGGUCACAGCGUGUCUCUAACCUGUCACCCCCACCACAGAAACCCCCCUUGUCCGUAACCGUAGCAUCUCCCACUGCCUCCAGGGAACCCGUUUCCUCCACCCCCUCACUGGCCCAGACCCCUUCACUCCACUGGCCCCCAGUAAACCCAUCACGCCAUAUGAUCCUUACCUAUACCGACUUCAUGGCAUUCCAGCACAUGGUGGCAUGUUCAUACCCCACACCAAUGUACCCCUUCUUACAGCACUCUCUCCAGCUCCAGAUGCCCUCAUCUCUAGUGGGCUACACAGGUCUGCUUCAUCCUCAUCAACACCUUCUACGUUCUAGGCCUCUGGCUUUCGAUAGUCCACUUGUCCCAGAGGUCAAACGGAAGACUGACCUCAUCAGUGCAGUGCUGCCAGAAGCAGCGUCACAGGAAAAAGAAAGGAAGUCAAAGGUGCAGUCAGAUAAGGAGAGCCAUUGUAGACACUGCAGUAAGCCAAUGGUAGAAAACUCCUGGAGACAGAGCACCAGGUCAUCAUCCUCAGGUUUAGAGGAGCUUCUUCCUGAGUGUAAGUUCUGUCAGAGGGGUAUGAGAGAGAAGCGUUCACUGCGCUCACUAAGAAGGGGCCACGGAGGAGAGAAACCCUACCAGUGCAAACACUGCAACAAGAGAUUCAGUCUGAAACACCAGCUAGAUACACAUCUCAGGGUUCAUACAGGUGAGAAGCCAUUUGAGUGUCGGCUGUGCGGUCAGCGGUCACGUGACUACUCUGCUAUGAUCAAGCACCUGCGUACUCAUGGGGGCGCCACACCAUAUCAGUGCACAUUGUGUUUAGAGUUCUGCAGUAGCCUAGUCACCAUGCAGAAGCACCUGAAAGGUCAUCCAAGUCAGGACUUCCCCCCUAACUGGAGCCUGAGCAGCACCUACCUCUACACCUGCCAUGCAUAAGAGCCAGAACAUUCUGACCAGCCAUUUCUCUCUGUGUUCAGGAUCAAAGAUAAAGAAAUAGUAUAGUGUGGGGAGCAUGGUGGCUUAGUGGUUAGCACUGUUGCCUCACAUGUUGGGGGUUCGAAUCUCGCCUCCACCCUGUGUGCGCAGAGUUUGCAUGUUCUCCACGUGCUUCAGGGGUUUCAUCUGGGUACUCCCGUUUCCUUCUCCAGUCCAAAGACAUGUGUUGUAGGCUGAUUGGCAUUUCCAAAUUGUCCGUGGUGUGUGGGUGUGUGUGCUAUUGUGCCCUGCAAUUGUCCAGGGUGUCACCUAACUUGUGCCCCAAGUCCCCUGAGAUAGGCUCCAGGCUACCCUGUGACCCUGUGUAGGGUAAGCAGUACAGAGAAUGGAUGGAAUGGAUAGAUGGAUAUUAUAGUGUGGGCAUAAGGGCAUAAGACUAAUAAAGACUAAUUAUCUAGCACAUAUUAAACUACUAUAGAAAAACAUAAGAAAACUUUUCACAGUAGCAAAUAACAGGAUCUUUAAGAAAACAGCAUAAUGUACAUAGCAUGCUAUGUUAAAUGUUUUCAUUUAACAUGUUAAAUGUUUUUCAGUUUUCUUAGUUUAUAUGUCUGCUCAAACUGAAUGGUGUUCUUAAACAAAAGUAUUUACCGGAGUACCUUAGUACAGCCUACUCACAACAAUAUGUUGAUCAGUUCAAAUAAAAGAUUGAAUAUUAAGUUAGGACAUUGUAUAUACAGCAAGAGAAGAAAGAAAGAAAGAAAGAAAGAAAGAAUAAUUUAUUCCAGUAUCAUGCAAAGUUUCUUAAUAAAUAGGACAUUGUGGAUAAGAGUCCUUCAUCAUCUGCAACUGUGCAGACAAAGCACUUUUCAAAGUUAUAGGUACUGACUGAAUUGAAUAUUUACAGUAUAUAUGAAAUGCAUUUUGUGAAUUUUGCUGCUUUAUAAAGUCUUAAUAUGCAAUUUAUAUGCAGUAGCUCAAAACCACCAGGUUAGUUUAUUUGUCUUCAUGAGACAAACUAUUUCUUUUGUUAUUAUACAUUUCACAGCAGUGGCAUGAAGAUUUUUCUCUAGCCCAUUGUUGCUUUUUCUUAGCACUCAGGUCAUGCAUGAGAUAUAUUCAUGGCUUUUACAAUUAACGAAUUAAAGCAUUAUAAUUACUACCAGAACAUGUAUCUGUGGUAAAUUUGGUUCCCCAUCAUGUUCAUCUUUCUCCUAAUUGGUAAGUUGUUGCCCACUUGUGAUUGUCUUUAAACAAUACAAGUCUGAGACUUGUUUGUUCCAAGGUAUCGUGUGUGAAGCUAACUUCAAAUUUAAAACAAAGGAGGGAGAAUCCACUCCAUUCUAGAGCUAUGAAUCCUAAAUGCCCUCUUACAACUGCCAUUCUGUCCACCAUAUAAAUCAGGUGUAUACAUGUAUUACACACAUUAACAACUACUUCAAGUGUCAUUUAUAAACAUUUCAUUUCAUUUGUAAUCUGUCAAAUUCUGAAUAUUGAAUUUCCUCAUGUCUAUAAAUGAUGUAUUCAUGAAAGUUAUCAUAAAGUUUUACCAGCUUGUUUACUGGCCAUCACUACAGCAAGCUUAGUCAGUGAAAUCGGCAGAUUAUUGGUCACAUGCAGUGCCUGCACUGGGUGCUAGAGUUAUAAUGUCAUGCUGUGACUGAAACCAGCAUUUCUGCCAAAGCUGUUAAUGUUGCAGUAUAUAAUAAAUAAACCUAUCAGUUCUUGCAGAUGUGACUCCACUUAGUCCAGCUGUAUGUUAUGAGGAAGUGCUAGCCAGAUGGAGGGUCACUGACCAUGAGCUUUGGGGAGCACAAUA